AUGGCGGCCGAGGGGGGCGGAGGAGGAGGCGGCGGCGGAGCCGGGGAGGGGUUCGAGGAGCGGGUGAAGCGCCUCUUCGGGUCGCGUCUCUUCGGCGACGUACCGAGCUCCUCCUUCCCCGCAGCUUCCUGGUCCGUCGCCGCCGGAGAUGUUGAGCGCCAGCUCUGGGCGCGCCCGUCGGAGGCCCGCGACGAGGAGGAGGAGCGCGCCGCGGCCGAGCGCGCCGACACGCCGUGCUCGUCCGCGUUCUACGAUGCCAACGGGUGCCUCCGCGGCCGGAGGCGGCGGUCCAAGCAGGACUUUGAGGACGACCCCGAAGAUGAUGACGAGGAUGAGGAGGAUGUGAGGGGCGAGGACCAUAGAAAGGAGGAGCAGGACGAGGAAGAGGAGGUUAGGGUUUCGAUCGGCCUCGACCCGACUCUGGAUCGGGAGGAAGAGGAGGACAAAUAUGAUAGAGCGGCAUUUGGUAAAGAAGAUGCUGCAGAACGUGUGUACAUGAGUGAAAUCAUGGAUGAGGGCAUUAAUAUGAGCAUCAAUACUGUAGUGCCUGACCUCCUUGAUGAUACCACUGAUGAGAUCUGCGGUUUAUCUAAGGAUCCUCGGGCAGAUCUUGAUGCAGCAUCUGCAAGGCUCAGAGAAGACAAUGGUUCAGUUAAAAUUGGCCUUCGUUCUCCAACUCAAACCAAGGAGUGUGCAACUGCUGGAAUGCAAGCAACGAGAGCUCAGGAUAUCGGUGUGAAACCUAUACUGAAGAGGAAGGAGGAGCAAGCCGAUUCAAAACCAAGGAAACGUGUGAGGUUUAAUGCCGAUGUUAAAGAACAACCAGUGGAGCUUCUUGAACAUGAUGAAGAUUCUCCCAUGGUUCCUCAGUCCAUGGAUGUGGUCACAACAAAGGGCAACUCGGGCAACUCCUCCACGCCAUCUGGGGUUCCUGACUAUGUUAGGAACCCUUCAAAGUACACAUGUUACACUCUGGAGACACCAGAGAGUACCGACGAAUCUAACAGGAGAGCUCUUGCAGACUUGCACAAUCUGUUAGGCAGAUCAGAUCCCAACAAGAUGCAGCCUGAGACACCUGCUGAGAUUCCUAGUUCAGUCACAUUCAUCCCUAGGAAGAAGUCAGUUGAUGCCAUGGUGGUGGAUGAGGGCCCCAGAUUUAGUAGUGCAAACCCAUCUCUCAUUAGUGCAGCAGCAGCAGUAGCCUCUGAUGGAACUGACCAAUGUGAGAUGGAUGAAGAUGACCCUAAAGCAUCACCACCACCACCACCACCACUGAUGCAGACCAACUCUAAGAUGAACUCCCGGCGUUACAGUUUCGUGACAAACAUAGUGUUUUACUGUGCAUUCAAGAAUCAACUUGGAGAGAAACAGAACAUCCAUGCAGUCCACAAUUAA